UAAAAGAAAAUUCUGUUUCACUUUCCGAACAAGUUACCAGGAAAUGCUUCUAAUUUUAUUAUUUACUACUGUUCUGGCAAUUUUGAUAAUUCAUCAGUGGAUUAAAAGAAGAAAUCUUCCUAAUGGACCAACUCCAAUCCCAAUAAUUGGAAAUUUACACCAACUUUUUUACCUUUACUGGAAACAUGGAGGAGCUGUGUCAGCUUAUCGUCAGUUGGAGCAAACUUACGGGAAAGUUUUCACUGUUUGGAUAGGCCCACUCCCUACAGUCUACAUUUCUGACUAUGACCUGGCCCAUGAAACUCAUAUCAAGAAAUCCAAUAUUUUCGGAGCACGAUUUGCAGUUGGAGCUCUGAAUUAUAUCAGAGAGGGCAGAGGAAUUGUGGCUUCGAAUGGAGAGUUUUGGCAAGAGCAUCGACGGUUUGCACUGACCACUCUAAGGAAUUUCGGAUUGGGAAGAAAUUUGAUGGAGGAGAAGAUUAUGGAAGAAUAUAGAUAUAGAUUCGCUCAAACCGGAAACGGCAACAACAACAAAAGCUCGAUCGAAACCAAUUCAUCAAUGUUUUUUGAUCUCCUCAUCGGCAGUAUUAUCAAUCAACUUCUUAUCAGUGAACGAUUUGAACAGGGUGACCCAGAAUUUGAAAAACUGAAAGAGAGCCUGUCGAUUGGUCUGGAAAAGUUUGGAGUUUUGGAUAUAUUUUUGCCAGAUUGGAUAAUGAAUGCGUGGUGGAUGAAAUGGAGAAUGGAUGACAUUUUAGGUCCAUUUAGUUGGAUUCAUAGGCUUUCGCAAAGAAAUGUGCAGAGAAGAAUGGAACAAAUCGAAAGUGGUGAGCAUGUCAUCGAUGGUGACGGUACUGAUUUUAUGGACACUUAUAUCAAUAAAAUCGAGAAAGAUAAAAGAGAAGGCGUCGAUUCUACAUUCACCCUAGAAACUUUGGCUAUCGAUAUGUACGACCUGUGGAUUGCUGGCCAAGAAACCACUUCUACAACUCUAUCAUGGGCCUGCGCCUGUCUUCUGAACCAUCCGGAAGUUGUGAAAAUUGCACGAGAAGAGCUGGUCCAUUUGACUGGAGGGCAUCGGAGUAUUUCAUUGACUGACAAAACUUCAACGCCUUAUCUCAAUGCUGUUAUUAAUGAAGUUCAACGAAUUGCUUCAAUUCUCAACGUGAACAUUUUCCGUCAAACAUCCGAGGAUACAACUGUCAACGGACAACCUAUUGCUGCAGGAACCGCUCUGACCACACAUUUAUCUUUAAUUCAUACUGACGAGAAUCUGUUUCAAAAUCACACCGAAUUCCGGCCGGAGCGCUUUUUGGAGAAUAAUAACCUGGAGAAGAAGCUGAUCCCAUUUGGAAUCGGAAAACGUGCAUGCCUCGGAGAAUCAUUGGCUCGAGCUGAGCUCUACUUAGUAACCGGAAAUAUGAUCUUGGACUAUGAUCUUCAGCCGAUCGGAGAAGUUCCUCAAAUCAAGACGACGUCACCAUGCGGAAUUAUGAAGCGGCCACCAGUCUAUAGUCUGCGAUUUGUACCUGUUCAUCACGCGUGAAGUGACUUCCUUAAUUGACAUUUGUAAUUGAUCAUGUUCUUGUCGGCGAAACAAGAUAAUUCCUUUGAUUUGAACUACUGUGUUGUAAAUUUGAUAAACUUUUGGACAUAGAUCACAACUGAGUUAAAAUUUUG